AUGACCGGAGUUUCCAGCGCCUCUGGAGAGAUUACGUCCUUCGAGCUUGACUGCUAUGACAUUUGGUACUUCAAAGUCAAGGACUCCGCCGAGAAGUUUGCCCCUUUUGAUUCCCUUUUUUUUCAUUUGGUUGCUGCCCUAUCGUAUGCACUGAUACGCUGCAAACUGGAGGAGCUUCUCGUUGGUGUCUUCGCCGUCGAAAGCUGCGACGAUUCGGAUGAAAACCGUAGACUUCUCGGCUCCGUGAAGUCCAUAACCGCCACCGUGAAGAGCUGCCACGAUCUCACUAGGCGCUGCGUGGAUUUAACCUACAACGGGAAACUAUUGAUGCAGAGUGAUCUCGAUAUUGUGUCCGCGAAAUUGGACGGACAUAUAAAGGGUAUGGUGGAGAUUUGUGCUCGCGGGCUGCUAAAACAAAGCAAUGAGAUUGUGGUUUCACGGCCCAACGCCUCGGCAUCAUGCGAGGAUAUCAAGUUUUACAUCACCAAUUUGCUGUCACGAUUGAAAAUCGAGCGUGCCCAGAUGAAGAAAGAAGCUCUAGUGGCCUUCAAUGAAGCGAUUCAAGAAGAUGAAAGGUAUGUGAAAGCCGCCAUUGAAAUCGAUAACUUCAUAGUUGUGCUAGUGAGCCUUCUUGAUUUUCAAGAAGCCGACAUUCACCAAGAGGCUACAAAGGCGGCGUCUGUAAUUGCAGGGUUUCAACUCUUCAGAUGUGUUUUUAUCAUGGCUGGGAUAGUUUCUCCAUUGAUUAGGAUCUUGGAGAGUGGGAGGGAUGAAUUGGGGAACGAUUAUGCCGCAAGGUGUUUGAUAAAAGUCACAGGGAACUCAGACAAUGCAUGA